AUGCCACGUCGGCGCAAUCCGGAUGCGCCCGCAGCGCCAAAAGCGCCGCGCGUUCGCAAGAAGAAGGUGGAAACGGACGUGGUCAAGCAGGACUCAAUUGUCUAUGAGCCGUUAAUGCAGUCCAACGGCAUAAUGAUGGAUGACGCGGGCCUGUAUGCGCAAGACUUCGGUUUUGCGUUCGGAGCUCAGCCAGCGUUCACCAGCCCCGAUCAAACGAACAGCCCCUACAUGCUGCCUCCACAGAGUAACACACCGCAGCCACCUAUAAUGAUGCGACAAAUGGCGCCACCCUCGCAACCAGGCCCCCAAUUAGCUGCAUCGGCACAGCCCAUGAAUGCCGUUCCAAGCCCUUUAGAGUUUCGUAUUCAUGAGAUGAAUCGGCGUUUAUAUAUAUUCAACUCUUCUGGGAUAUGUGAAAAGGAUUUUGCACAAUGGUGGGAUGCGUUUUCUCACGAGUUCUUUGAUGACGAUGCCAAAUUGUGGAUAAACAUCGUCGAUGAACACAGUCCUCAUUCAGAGAAAUAUGUUUUGGGCCGUCAACUGAUACCUCGCUUCUUUCGCUCAUUCUUCGAAAGUAAGAUUCGGGAAAUGUAUUUUGUAAUACGUGGGCAGGCUCGGGAGUCUCAAGCACCGUCUGGAAUGAUUCAUUACGAAAACCAGGACGUACUACAAGUCACCAAACAUGACGUCCCCAAUGCAGAGGUUCAGACCAAAUUUAAGCUGUUUAUUGAGUUCACUCCUUACGAUGAAAUUCUAAACCAUCGUAUACGAACAUGGAGCAUGGAAUUGGAGAGCUGCCAGGAAUUCUUCAUGAAUGAAAUUACGAAGGAAUACGAAAUUCAUCAUUCUGAUGGUAUGGAGAAGUCGUUGCCGUUGACUCAUGUGGGCUUGCCACAACAGACGAUGGCCUGCCUCUCCAUGAGUCGAAUACUGGAACCAAUGCAGAUGCUGAUGAGCCAAAGUAAAACAUCAGGAGUAGGUUCUUUUCCCUAUACCAUUCUUUUUAUUCAUUAUGUUUUACGGUCAUUCCAUUAG